AUGAGUCAAUCCGUAGUCUUGGGCGUCAUCGGCGGGUCGGGGUUGUACCAUAUAGAAGGAGUCGAAACGGUCGCCGAGCACCGGCUAGAUACGCCCUUUGGCGCGCCCUCGGACGCCAUCGUCGAGGCGCGAAUUGGCGACCGCACGGUGCAUUUUCUGCCGCGACAUGGCCGGGGGCACCGGCUGCUGCCAGCCGAAGUGCCCGCUCGCGCCAAUAUCCACGCGCUCAAGCAACUGGGUGUGAACCACGUUUUGGCCAUCAGUGCCUGCGGCAUCAUGCAGGAAGCGAUCCGGCCUGGGGACAUGAUCGUGCCCGACCAGAUUUUCGACCGCACGCGCGGACAACGCCCAUCGACGUUCUUCGGCGACGGGAUCGCCGGACAUGUGAUUCGGCGGGUGCCAACGUCCACGAGGGGCGGCACGUACCUCUGCAUGGAGGGGCCGGCCUUUUCCACCCGCGCCGAGUCGCAUUUCUACCGCAACGCCGUGGACGCGGCCGUGAUCGGCAUGACCGCUCUGCCCGAGGCUAAGCUGGCGCGCGAGGCGGAAAUGUGCUACGCACUGCUGGCGACGGGCACGGACUACGACUGCUGGCACGAGGAGGAGGAAGACGUGACCGUCGAUCAAGUGCUAGCGGUGCUACAGGCGAACAGCGCCUUGGCCAAGCAAAUCGUUUCCGAGGUUGCCACGCGCCUGUCGGCUGAAUCCGCUUGCCCUUGUCUGCGCGCCGCCGAACGCGCCAUCAUCACCGACCCAGCGGUGAUUCCUCCAGAGGCGAAGGAGCGGCUCAGGGUGCUCUACGGAAAGUAUCUAGACUGA